GCGAACCCUGCGCCAGGCGGGGAAGCCGGCGUCGGACCCGUCAGCAGCCGGCGGCGGUCGUCGGGGGCGGCGGCCGCGCUGCUCGGUGCGAGCCGGUCCCGCGGCCGGGCGGGCGGUCCGAGGGCGCGGCGCCAUGAAGCUGUACAGCCUCAGCGUCCUGUACAAAGGCGAGCCCAAGGCGGUGCUGCUCAAAGCCGCGUACGACGUGUCCUCCUUCAGCUUCUUCCAGAGGUCCAGUGUUCAGGAGUUCAUGACCUUCACGAGUCAGCUGAUCGUGGAGCGCUCGGCCAAGGGCAGCAGAGCUUCAGUCAAAGAACAAGAAUAUCUGUGCCACGUCUACGUGCGAAACGACAGCCUUGCAGGGGUGGUCAUUGCUGACAGUGAAUAUCCGUCCCGGGUGGCCUUUACCUUGCUGGAGAAGGUACUAGACGAAUUCUCCAAGCAGGUGGACAGGAUAGAGUGGCCAGUCGGAUCCCCUGCUACAAUUCACUACACGGCCCUAGAUGGCCACCUCAGUCGAUACCAGAACCCCCGAGAAGCUGACCCCAUGAGUAAGGUGCAGGCUGAGCUGGAUGAGACCAAAAUCAUUCUGCACAACACCAUGGAGUCUCUGCUGGAGCGGGGGGAGAAACUAGAUGACCUGGUGUCCAAGUCUGAAGUGCUGGGGACACAGUCUAAAGCCUUCUAUAAAACGGCCCGGAAGCAGAACUCAUGCUGUGCAGUAAUGUGACAGCAGCGCGCAGAGGCCCCUGGGCCAAACGCCAGUCAUUCGCAUCAGAACCACAGUCCCUGGAGAAGCAGAGCCACCACAGGAAGACUCUGCACCCCUGGAGCCCUUGGCAGGGACCAAGGGGUCGCAGAACGGCCUGGGGGUGGGGAACAUUCAAAUUUACAUGCCUGGUGAUUUUUGAAAAGAUGGUUUGAGGCCCCCAGGGAUGUAUUAUUGGGCCAGAUGAAACCAUAAACUCUUGAGUGACUCACA